GCGGGGGUGCGGGCCCGGGCGGCGCCGCUAUGAACGCGGCGGUGGUGAAGCGGACGCAGGAGGCCCUGGGGAAGGUGAUCCGGAGGCCGCCGCUGACGGAGAAGCUGCUGAGCAAGCCCCCGUUCCGCUACCUGCACGACAUCAUCACGGAGGUGAUUAGAGUGACUGGUUUCAUGAAGGGCCUCUACACGGACGCCGAGAUGAAGUCCGAUAACGUUAAGGAUAAAGACGCAAAAAUCAGCUUCCUUCAGAAGGCCAUAGACGUGGUGGCAAUGGUGUCCGGGGAGCCACUGGCGGCGAGACCGGCGCGGAUGGUGGCCGGGCACGAGCCGGAGAGAACCAACGAGCUGCUGCAGAGACUUGGGCGGUGCUGUCUCAGCAAGCUCUCCAGUGAGGACGCGGUGAAGCGAGUGUUGGCCGGAGAGAGGGGCGACGCGAAGGGAAGGGCCCCCCUGCCGUCCAGGCCCCAGGAGUCGGACAACAGGACCUCGCGAGAGGAAGAGCCCGGACUUCGUAAAGAUAAGGAGGAUGAAAGGAACUCCGAGAUGAAUGAGGAGAACGUGAGCAGAGACCGGAAACAGAAGGAGGAAGGGACAGAAGAAAGCAAAGCGAGAGCGAAGGACAAGGACCAGCCGAAGGAGAACGACCGUGAGAGGCACAAAGAGCCGGAGAGAGACAAGUACCGAGACAGAGAGAGCGAGCGGGCCCGGAACCGGGCCAGGCCGGACAGGGACAGAGGCCCCCGGGAGCGGGACCGGGGCGCGGAGCGCGAGAGCGAGCGGCGGAGCGAGGCCGGGAAGGAGAAGGACAGAGGGAAGGACCGGGAGCGAGAGCGGGACAAGGGCCGGCGCCGGGGCCGGGACGCGGACCACCCCAGGGACCCCGACAGGGAGAAGGGCAGAGAGCACGGCCGAGCGGAGAGGAAGUCCUCGAGCUCAGGGGAGGUGCCUAAAAAGUUGUCAGAUGGAUCCGUGAAAGACUCCAAAGCUGAAACAGAGACCGAGGUUUCCACCAGAGCAUCCAGGUCAGUGGCCACAAAGACGUCAAAACAGCGAUCCAAAAAUUCAAUGGAAGGAAGGAGGGACUCUAAAACCAGCGAAAAUAGUGCCUCCUCUGAAAAGGAACGUAACUCUUCCUACAGCAAGGCCCAGAAGGAGCAGGCCUCGAAGCAGCUCGGGGGAAAGGAAGGCAGUGUGUCAGCUAAGGUUUUAGAGCCCGUAGUGCCUGGAUUAAAUAAUGGGCCAGCUCAGGAAACUGCGACUUCGGAAAUAGGAGCGAAAGAAGCUAAUACUAAUUCAGCUAGUGUUUCAGACGAGAACUCAGCUAGUCUGCGGCCUGAGAACCCCGAGCCGGAGCGAGCAGUGACGCAGGAAGGGGACUCCCCGAGCGAUGCAGAAGGAGAAGUCGGACCUUCCGCGCAGGAGGGAGCCGAGCUGCCCGGCGAGCUCCCGGCCGGCAUCAGAAGACUCCCUCGGCCUGGGAGCGCCAGACCAGCACCCCCCCGGGUGAAGCACCAAGACAGUGUGGAGGCGCCGGCGGCAGACAGGACAGGGAGUGGUAAAGCCGUCGCCAGUGUGAUUGUGGACGCGCAGAACUCCGACAGCGAGGAAGACGACCAGUUUGUGGUGGAGGCGGCCCCCCGGCUCCCUGGGACGCCUGAGCUCGAAGCAGUGCCAGCGGUGGGCGUGGAGGACGAGGAGGGACACGGAGGGCUCGUGAAGAAAAUUCUGGAGACCAAGAAGGACUAUGAGAAGCUGCAGCAGCCGCCCAGACCCGGAGAGAAGGAGAAGUUGCUCGUCUCUGAGUCCGCGUGGAAGAAGGAGAAGGACAUAGUCUCGAAGGAGAUAGAGAAGCUGCGCGUGUCCAUCCAGACGCUGUGCAGGAGCGCGCUCCCCCUGGGGAAGAUCAUGGACUACCUCCAGGAGGACGUGGACGCCAUGCAGAACGAGCUGCAGCUGUGGCGCAGCGAGAACAAGCAGCACGCCGAGGCCCUGCAGCGGGAGCAGAGCAUCACGGACUGCGCCGUGGAGCCCCUGAAGGCGGAGCUGGCGGAGCUGGAGCAGCUGAUCCGGGACCAGCAAGACAAGAUCUGCGCCGUGAAGGCCAGCGUCCUGCGGAACGAGGAGAAGAUCCAGAAGCUGGUGCGCGGCAUCGCCUCGAGCUCCAGGAGGUGAAGGCCGGCGCCCCCGAGCCACAGCCCGCCUCAGGGUGGGGAUAAGGAGGAAGGGCGAGCCUCGCUCCCCCAAGUCCAGGGUCCUGAGGGGACCGUUCUCCGCGUCCCCGACCCACGCGCGGGCACGGUCCCGGGAGGGAGGGCCGUGUUCUCCACCUUGCUCCCGCGGGCGAGCUCUCCGGGUCCCUGCGCGCCCGGCUCUGGGCCGGGGGUCUCCGGCAGGGGAGGGGGUUCCGCGCCAUGGGGGGCCGGCACCCCGCUCUCGGGGCUCAGGUGUCAAGUGGGGCGCCGAGUGGAGGGCGACUGCCUCCUGACUGGCACUUAGACCCAGAACGGGGCCCGGAAGCGAGCAAGGUCCACCUGGAGUUCCCCUCCCCUGGCAAAGGGGCAUUUCAGCCCGAGCUCUGGAAGGCCCCUGCCGCUUCCCGUCGUUUCUCACGGGGCCCGGCCGCCUCUGGCUCGAGUCUUCGCAGCCUCAAAGUUCAGAAAUGUGAGGGGGUGUCAGUGUGCCCUUGGGAGAUCCGGCCCGCGGUCCACCCACCUGGGCCAUGGCUGCCCUGCGCCGUGCGCUCUGGCGUCUUCCCCCCCUGCGCGUAGAUGUGCGUUCCUGGGAGGCAGGAGGACGUCGAAGGAGGUGCCAGGCGUCCCCGGGGUUUCGAUGUUACCAUUUUUUUUGGAAAUUGUUUUCUAAAGCAAGGUUUUUUUAAAAAACAGGUUUAUAUUGAGUUUUUCAGUGAUAUUAUAAAUGCUGUUGAAAGUCUUAAGUUUGUAUGUGAAGGAUUCCACUGGUUAGAGACCUCCGGUCUUCAGUUCUGGGUCCCGGAACUGUCAUUUCUCGAUACUUAUUGCUUGACCCACGCAGUGCCAUGGAUGCGCUAGGGCUGCCUGAGAAGGUUCUGCGGCUUCCAGGAUCAGCACAGACGGCACGGGGCAGGUUUUCUCCCGGCGAUUUCCACCUGCACCCUUUUCUGGGGACUUACGUGAUCUUCCAAGCUGAGUAGGUUUGCCAUCAGGUUCCUAAGUUCUUCCGGCUUGACACGUGGGCCGUCUCCUCGUUUCUGCAGUGCACCGUUAAAUUGUGUGAUUAGACCGCCCUGAACGCGUCGUUGGAGGCAGCCGGCCGGUUCUGUCCGUCAUGCGCUCCUCCCUCUCCUACUGAGGCGAACGGCUUGGCCACACUCUAAAGGGACUGUUUUGCUUCAAGGUGUCUUCCUUUUAUGAAUUUGUAUAUCUGAAUAGAAUUUCUGUGUUGCAGAAAAAAAAUUGCAUACAUUUUAUGUGAGUCAAAUUUUGUAUGAAGUAGUUUAUCAAACUGUAUCAUAAAAUUUAUUUUUAUUUUAUACAUAAAUCAUUAAAAACAAUCACAUAUUUUUUCUA